UGCGCGUCAUUCUGUUUCGUUUUGCCGCAAGAAUCGAAUGCGAAAUCGAAAAAGGGAAGCUUUUGUUGGAUUUUGCAAAGAUUUGCUUCCUUCGAAACAUUUUGGUCUUAACAGUGCGUAAAACGUGAAGUUAUAGCUCCAAUUAUCAGGCAAGUUAAAUUCCUUUUUCAUUAGCCUAUUGUGGAAGCGAAUAUGUCAAGGAAAAUGUCUCGCUAUCCUCAUGACGCUAAAGUUUAUGUUGGAGAGCUAGGCAAUAAUGCCAGCAAGCAGGAGAUAGAGGAUGCCUUUGCUUAUUACGGUCCGCUUAGAAAUGUGUGGGUUGCUCGCAAUCCACCCGGGUUUGCAUUUGUAGAAUUUGAAGACGCCCGGGACGCGGAGGAUUCGGUGCGUGGUCUUGAUGGAAGAACAAUCUGCGGCCGCCGUGCUCGGGUCGAACUGUCUACCGGCAAGGGCGGUCGUGGAUUUCGCGGUGGUGGUAGUGGUGGUGGCGGACCACCGCGUGGUAAAGGAGGUCGUGGUAACUUCCACCCGGACGACAGAUGCUACGAGUGCGGAGGGCGAGGUCAUUAUGCCAGGGAUUGUACUAAGCGUGGCCGCAGCAAGGGACGCAAAAGAUCUCGGAGCCGCAGCCCACGUUCGCGCUCUCGUGAGCUCCGAACUCGUUCCAAGAGCUACAGCCGUAGCCGAAGCCGCGAUCGUGUCCGUGAACGUGACCGCGACCGCCGUACCCGAUCCAAGACACCGAGGAAGACAACUCGCGAUCGUUCGAUUACUCGUGAUCAUACUAAAUCGCCACGGCGUUCCAAGACCCACUCCAGGAGCCGCUCACGAACACCCCGUUCGGCAACCAGAUCACGCUCCAGAUCGCAUCGUCGCAAUGGCGGCGACUAACAUCACGAUUAAUCGAUUCGUCUUCGGGGCAGUGUCGACCGCCGUGCUACCACUAGCAUUCCGUCCAGGGAACUACGUGAUUGCAUGCUGCUAGACCACCGGAAGCAAUAACAGAAACUAAAUAACGAUUUUGAAGCUAAAUUAAAUAUGACGCAGCUUAUCAAGUGGGAGUACAUUUCUCACAAUUUUGGCAAGUUUAGAAUGUAUUAUACCAACAACAACUACUUAAUCAGUAGAUUAGUAGAUUGCUGUUACAGCUUUUAAUUAGUUCCAAAUUAAUCGAAAAUCCUCAAAGAGAUUGUAGUGUUUGACAAGACCAAGUUAGUGAACAACUUGUGAACCGAAAUACUAGCUCGUAAGAACGAAGGUAAUACUGUAUUGGUCAUCCCUAAGCAUUCAGCUCUCUACGCUGAUCCUGCAUAAUUACAUUCACUUUUGUCUCAGCACAGGGAUCUGCAUAUAUCAGUUUUAUGCCGCAAAACAGUUCAGGAAAGCAAAACCUUUUGAUUAUCAGUAACAGGUAGCAACAGUGCAUCAAUUUAUUUUAAAUGUAAUAAUCUUAAUCAGAUGAAAUAAAUGAUAUGAACUGAUAAAAAUAA